AUGCUUAUUCUCGAGCAGUUCGGUUAUUCACGAAUGCUUCGUUGCAGUAUAUCACGUAAAAUCAUGGCAACACUCUCUAUGCACAAUGGAAAUGUUAUUGCUUCCGGUGAUGGCGUCGAGUGCAAGAAGCCAAAAAUGGACGAACAGGUAGCUGGAGAGCGUUUAACCAUACGCUUCGUGAAACUCAAUCCUAACGCUCAAACUCCAGCCUAUGGUUCGCUUGCAGCUGCUGGCGCCGACCUCCAUAGUGCAGAGGAUUGCGUAGUUCCUGCACAUGGUGAGUUUUUCCUAUGUCUAUAG